AUGAUAUUUAACAGUAUUGAGAGUCUGAUGAAUGCUUAUCAAGAACAUGUAAGAGUUUUAGGUUUCGUUGUUGCCAAGAGAUCAGCUCAUAAAAAGAGUGGUAAAAGUUACAAGUAUGUUACAAUUUGCUGUGACAGAGGAAGGAAACAACAAUUUGAGAAGUCUACAAAGAGGAUAAAUUGUCCUGCAAGAGUAAAUGCAAUUACGAGAGACAAUGAAGUUUGGCAGGUUUCAAAAACAAUAUCAGAACACAACCAUGAAUUGCAACCUGAUAUGUCUAUUUUGAUGCCUACCCAUAGGAAUUUGACAAUUAACAUGAAGAGACAACUGGAAGCCAAUGAUAUUGCAGGCAUAAGGCCAUGUAAGAAUGUUAGAAUGCUAGAAGUUCAAGCUGGUGGGCCACAAAAUUUAGGAUGCUUGCCUAAAAACUGCAGAAAUUUCAUUAAGAGUAGGAGAAGGCUGAGACUAGGUGAUGGAGAUGCAAAGGCCAUUCGGAAGUUGUUUGUAAGGAUGCAACAAAAAGACGGGGACUUUUUUCAUUUGAUGAACGUCAAUGACGAAGGCAUGCUAACUAAUGUGUUGUGGGUCCAUCCUCGUGUAAAAGCCGCAUAUGAAGAAUUUCAUGUUGUUGUCAGUUUUGACACAACAUACCUUGUGAACAGGUAUAGAAUGCCUUUUGCUACAAUUGAUGGAGAUCAGAAUUUGGAAAUUGGAGGUAUGCCAAUUUUGGAUCCAAAUGUUACUCGUGGUCGUGGAAGGCCGAGGAGUAAUCGGUACAAAUCAUCACGGGAAGUUAAUCAAAACAAAGGUAGGAUUUCAACUCGUGGAGGUCGUGGGGCUCGUGGAAGUAACGAUGAUGAGAUUGAAGGUCAAUGA